CUCCACCGGCUCGCGACUGCUCACAGUACCGAAAUUCACUAAUUAGUGAUACACACUUGUAAAAAUUGAAACUUGUUGAGCCGUCAAGAUGCACGAACUCAUAUAACUGAACUAUCCGUGAAACGGCAGGGACCAUUCCUGAGUUCGCCAAUUUUUGGGCGACAGUUUCCUAUCACAGUCGGCAUCAUAUUUACGCAACAAAAGCAGAAGAAGAUAAAUUGAAAAAAAAAAAAGAAAACAAGGAGAAAAAGAAAACUAAAUACGACUAUGGCCUCAGUCCUCUACUCUCCAGUCAUCGAGCUGCUAGACUCGGCAAAGCGUCUCGUCCUGUCGCCACUCUUGACGGGUCCGUUACUCUAUUCUUUCACACACCCGGACGCAGUGCGCCGUGUUCUCGCCGCCAUCGCCCAGCACCUCCCUGAGCAGGCCGCGGCACGGCUUAGCUCGCUGCCCAACUCGGCGACGGUCACUGUCCUGCAGGUGCUCGUCGCCCUGGGUCUCGUGCGCAUGGUGAACGGGGCGCUAAACAGCAUGGCCGCCAACUCGUGGCGGCUGACGGCGGCCCCCGGCUGGGACUGGCCGAACGAGAUCGCCGUCGUCACGGGCGGCUCGAGCGGGAUCGGGAAGGGCAUCGUGGAGCGGCUGGCCGCGCUGGGCGUGCGCGUCGCCGUCCUGGACAUCCAGGACCUGCCCAAGGACCUGCAGGGCAACCCGCGCGUCCGCUUCUUCCGCUGCGACGUGACGUCGUCCGAGUCGGUCGGGACCGCCGCCGACGCGGUCCGCCGCGAGCUGGGCCACCCGUCCAUCCUGGUCAACAACGCGGGCGUCGCCAAGACGGCGCCCAUCCUCCAGACGGACGAGAACUUCCUGCGGCGCAUCCUCGGCGUCAACCUCAUGUCCAUGUGGUUCACGACGCAGCAGUUCCUCCCCCGCAUGGUGCAGGUCAACAAGGGCCACAUCGUGACGGUGGCGAGCAUCGCCUCCUUUGUGGCCCUGGCCACGGCCGCCGACUACUCGGCCACCAAGGCGGGCGCGCUCGCCUUCCACGAGGCGCUCGCCUCCGAGAUCAAGCACCAGUACAAGGCCCGCAACGUGCUCACCUCGGUCGUCCACCCCAACUUUGUCCGCACCCCGCUGAUCGAGGACUUCUCGUCCCGCCUCGAGCGCCGGGGCGUGCGCCUGCUCACCAGCGACCGCGUCGCCGACGACGUCGUCGCCCAGAUCAAGAGCCGCAGGGGCGGCCAGCUCAUCAUCCCGCCCUCGGCCACGGGCGUCUCCGGCAUCAGGGGCUGGCCCACCUGGCUGCAAGAGCUCCUGCGCGACGGGGUGGCCGCCGGCGCGGUCAAGCCGUAGAACAGGAUGGCGCUUGUAAGAUAGGUUGUCGAUGUUAUUCACCAGGGAACCAGAUAGGAUAGGGACAGGACAGGACACACCACGACAUGACAGGAUAUGAUUUCAUGGGAAUGUGACGGGACGUGGAAAG